UCUCCUCAAAAUCCAUUGGUGGAGAAAGUCAGUGGGGAAGACCUUUUUCUUUCUGAUCUAGUGCGACGAAAACAAUCGCGAGGUCUUCCCUGAAAAAAAAAAAAAAGCCAAAGAAAGGCGCUUGCAUGAAGAGCGGUAAGACGUGCAACAAGAAGUUAUCAGAAAAAUCGGUUCAACAUUUGUUACAAUUACUUACAAUGAUUUUGUCUCUUUUAAAAAACGUUAGAAAUCGUACUGAAAUUCGAGGAGCAUUACGUUCAUGCUUAAAAAACACAAAUACAUUUUCUGGACUUUCAACUGCAAGCACCGACUCAUUUGACAGGCGACGUCCGGAUAUCACCCCCGCAAGAAAGUACACGGGAAAGCGCUACAAUGUUCCCCCAAGUGCAGAAUUUGUCGCUAGAGUCUCUGGAAUUGCUACUAUGGGCAAGUUACCUUAUCAAGAGACUGCAAAUGGGCUUGAUGCUGCAUUUAUCGGUGUUCCAAUAGAUACUGGUACUUCCAACCGACCUGGAGCUAGGUUUGGCCCCCGUCAGAUCAGAGCCGAGUCGGCCAUGUUAAGGGCCUACAACAGUGGUACCCGUGCAGCCCCAUAUGAGUCUCUAAUGGUGGCUGAUAUUGGGGAUGUCAAUGUCAACGUGUAUGAUCUAAAAGACACCUGCAAACGAAUCCGAGAGGCCUUCCGUUCAGUCCUGGCCACAGGCUGUAUCCCUCUCACUAUGGGUGGUGAUCACACCAUAGCAUACCCUAUUCUACAAGCAGUUGCUGACAAACACGGGCCUGUGGGUCUUGUCCAUGUGGAUGCUCAUGCUGACACCAGUGACGUGGUCCUGGGGGAGAAGAUUGGCCAUGGCACUCCAUUUAGACGCUGUGUGGAGGAGGGUCUGCUGGACUGCAAGCGCGUUGUCCAGAUUGGCCUGCGUGGCACAGGCUACUCUCCGGAUGCCUACGAGUGGAGCCGGGCACAGGGAUUUCGUGUUGUUCAGGUGGAGGAGUGUUGGUUCAAGUCUCUGGCUCCUCUUAUGGCUGAGGUCAGGACCCAGAUGGGAUCAGGUCCCGUCUACCUCAGCUUUGAUAUUGAUGCUUUAGACCCAGCAUUUGCCCCUGGCACCGGCACCCCAGAGAUAGCAGGCCUCACACCCAUACAAGGACUAGAAAUCAUCCGGGGCUGUCGUGGCCUGAACUUGGUGGGCUGUGAUCUAGUCGAGGUGUCUCCACCCUAUGACACCACAGGCAAUACAGCCCUGACUGCCGCCAACCUGCUCUUUGAAAUGAUGUGUGUACUUCCGAAGAUGAAAUACUAUGACUAAUUUUAUUCCUGCACGGUUGCACAUUCUUCAUUGAAAAUAUAUAAUCUACUGCACAACCACCAAACUGAUUAAUGACGUUAGGACACACAAGUACAACCAACAUUUAAAAAGUACCCAUGUCAAACAAGUCAGCUGAUAAAUCAGAGAAAAUAGAAUCAAAAAUGUUUCUCUAACAUAUGAACAUAAAGUAU